AUGGGUGUGGUCGGGUUCCUACGGCAUCACGUUCGAGGCCAAUCUGGGCUUGAAACCUCGAAUGCGGUUCCUUUGCCUCUCAAUUCGACGCUUUCAACACCUUGGGACUUCCUUCGUCCGACCAAAAAGUUACGUACUGGCAUAUUAGACAGCGCAAAAGUCAUACUCGAUUCUCUCGCGGUUUCGGUCAGUGAUUCUCAAGCUAUUCGCCAGCGAAAUCUUCGAAAACGGAAGCGCCCAGAUGAAGAUCAAGACGCUGUCUCUAUUUUGCGGCUGAAACAAUUAUAUGUGAAUGGCUUUACGUCGGAUCAAAUUUGGGAGCAGGCUCUACGUAUUUUCGAUUCAACCGACCAAGAAAUCCAGCGCGACUACGCUAUCUGGGUCCAUAAUGUAGAGCAUUCUGCAGCUGAACUACCUGAGCGUGCAUCGCACCUCGACAGCUCGUCUCAGGAUGACGUGGAGGUUGGAAAUGCAAAUUCUAUUAGCGGCACGAGCUGUAUUACCGAUGGAUCCAGCGUUGACGGCAAAAAUGUUGAAGAUCAAUUUGAUGCGGAAAGUGACAAGUCGUCUCAAAGCCAUUCGGACCAGAGCGACAAUGAAGAAGAUGACCCUGAUGGAAGCUCAGACGACGAUGAAGGUGGUGGCACGUAUGUGGAAGACCGAUUUGGAUUGAAUGAUGGUUUUUUUUCUAUUGAUGAGUUCAAUAAACAAACCGAGCUAGCUGAACGGCAAGACGCUCGGGGUGACUUAGAUGUUGAAAGCGACGAUGAGGAAAUCAACUGGGACGCCGAUCCUCUUGGUGCAGAAAACUUGAGUCUUUCUUCACAGACAAAAGCUGACAGGCCUGAUGACGGCGUGGACCAGAGUGAUGAUGAUGAUGAAGAAGAAGAAGAAGAAGAAGAAGAAGAAGAAGGUCCGACCUUCGACGAUAUGGGUGCUCAUGAUGAAUCGGAUACUGAUGAAAACGAUUCCCACGCCACGGCUCUAGGGGGAUCAGGUUUCUUCAACACGAGCGACAUCAUGUACGCUGACUUCUUUGAACCUCCACCCCGGAAAGUGUCCACCAAAAAAUCACGCCCACUACCGAAAACACAGCCACGUGGCGAAAUCCCUGACAGUGAUGUUGCCCGUGCAAUGGCUGAUGUUCGCCGUGACUUGUUUGACGAUGAAGUAUCCGCUGAUGGUAGUGAAAAUGAGCCAAGCGACAUCCAGGCUCACUCGUCAACCCACGAGAAACAGCGCGCACGCAUUGCAGACGAAAUCCGCCGGUUAGAGGCUGCUAACGUGGCAAAGAAAGAAUGGAUGGUCGCUGGAGAAGCUAGGGCAGCGGAAAGGCCCACUAAUUCACUCAUAGAAGAAGACUUGGAUUUUGAAAGGAUUGGGAAACCCGUGCCAGUCGUAACAACAGAUUUGUCUGAGAGCAUUGAGGAUUUGAUCAAGCGGCGAAUCAUUGCUAAGGAAUUUGACGAAGUCAUACGCCGCCGGCCGGGACUGCCGGAUCGCCAACAUACUCAAAAGUCUGCUGCUGAACUCGAGGAUAGCAAAUCACAGCAGGGUCUUGCGGAUCUAUACGAAGCAGACCAUCUCCGGGCAACAGACUCAAAUUACGUCGACCCCAAAAACCAGAAGCUUUUGAAGGAACGAACAGAAAUCGGCAACCUCUGGAGAGAAAUAAGCUCCCAGCUAGACACGCUCUCCAAUUGGCACUACAAACCGAAAGCGCCGCAGGCCAGCAUAAAUGUUGUUACAGACGUUGCCACGAUUACAAUGGAAGAUGCUCAGCCCACUGCUAAUGGCGCCGUUCGCUCAUCGGCGACUCUUGCACCACAAGAAAUUUACUCACCAGGCGAGAACAGGAGGGGCACUGGGGAGGUGGUAAUGAGGAAUGGGGUUCCAGUCACGAAGGAGGAAAUGACUCGAGAAGAAAAAGCGAAGCUGAGGCGUCGGCUUAAGAAGCCGAGUCACACACCUACUGAUUCCUCCAAGCAGUCUUCUGGAACGGCGGUUCAGAAACAACAAAUUGUAUCUGACCUUAAAAGGGCAGGUGUAAAGUUGAUUGGGAAGGAGGGUGAUAUGACAGAUAUUAGUGGGAGUAAAGUUGCAGCCAUGGGCGACAGGAUUGGCGCUCAUGCGAUGAAGUUAUAG